AUGGACGAGCUGACACCACUAGAUACGCCCUCAGAGAGCCAAGCUGGAUAUGGAGAUGCGACCAAUCUAUUCCAGGUCAUCGACCGGGACAAAGUAAAUGGCCUCAAUCUAACUGUUCCAGAAGACGCAAAGGAACUCAUCAAACCGUGGGAUAAACGCGAGACGACGGACAAGUUUGUAGAUUCUGGCGUAGACGAUCAAAUUAUCAUCAACGUACCGUUUACUUCAAACGUCCGCGUGCGCUCUGUCCUACUAAAAGUCGGCCACGGAGAGUUUUCUCCACAGCGACUACGGAUAUACGUGAAUCGACCUUCGGGAGUGGGCUUUGACGAGGCCGAGUCGCUCAAGCCGCACCUGGAUAUCGCACUUUUGCAAGGACAAGACUCAGUUACCGAGUAUCCUCUACGAGUUGCCGCCUUUUCCAACGUCUUUUCGCUCAGCCUCUUCUUUAGCGAAGCAGAUGGAGAUGAAGUGACACGGAUAUACUAUAUUGGGUUCAAGGGCGAUGCACGCCAGCAUUCCAAGGAUUCGAAUACGAGGAUGGAGGUUCCAGCAGAGAAUGCAGCUGAUGCCGCCCUCACGGACGCUGUCAGUGAAAAGACGAAUCCCCAGCUUCGCAUCCGCUAA